AUGUUUGGCAGCAAGGUAUUAUCAAUAGCCCACCCCUCGUGGCCCCCCGAAACGACGGCAACCUACCUCAAACCCCCCCUCCCCCUGGACCCCCCGUUUGGCCCCCAAAAUCCAAACCGUCUUACCAGCCACACGGAUUGA